AUACACAAAGAGAAAAUACCUGGCAGACAUUCGUGAAAGUUUCAAAUUAAUAAUGAAGUUACUCAUCUAAAGUUUGGGAUCAUUAAAAUUUAAUGUUUCACGAAAGUAUGUUUUUUUUUAAUGGAUAACGAAAAUUAUAAAUCUGCUGCAAAUGGACGCAUUCAUGGAAUUGUAUUUUGAAGAGGUUUUCGAAAAUUUAGAUCGUGAUGCUUUGAUCAGUAGAAUCAAAAGGAAGGAACUUGUUGAAUAUUUCAAUACUGUUAUCGACGGCUGUGCUAAAGGACAAAACAAGUCAGACGAUGUAACAUGUAAAAAGUUUGUUCUGUCAGCGAUAAAGUACCACAACGAUCGGAAAUCUGACAACGGUGAUGUAUGUCUUAUGGGAAAAUAUCACAAUCUUCUGUAUAUAGCUAUAAAAUUGGCCUUUGAUUGGGGUCUAAAAGACAACGGAACUGUAGCUGCUCUAUUGGACGAAUUGUACGCGUGUGAACGUACAUUCGAGAGGAUAUUUUUAGGAGCAAUUUUUGGCACCUCAGCACCGUAUUUUUUGGCUGGAUGGAAAUCGGAUUUCUCGAACAGGGAAGAAAACAUUCACGCUUUAGUUUUCUUCUUAGAUCAUGCAACGAACGCCUGUUUGGAAUACACAGAAGAUAAUAAAAAGUAUCGCUUCAUAGACGUUCCUUUAGAAAGCUGCGGAAGAGCUUCUCCAGUCAGAGUUGUCAUUCAAAUGGGAGCUUCGGAAAUACUGCUGAUACUACUAAGGUUCGGCGCUAAGAUAACUGCAGAUAAAGUAUCAACAAAUCCAAUAGAAUCUAUAUUAGAUAAGCUAUUGGAAUAUAACAGAAAAUAUCCAUACGAAUUGAUUUCAUGUUUGAAAAUAGCUCUGAGAGCUACUGAGAGGAUAACAUUCACGAUCGACGCAAACGCUUCUGAAUACCUUGAGUUACCUGAAGGGUAUAAUUUUCAAAGGAAACUGGCACUCGAAAAGUAUGGAGAAAUUUUAGAGGACCAUUUGAUUCCAACCACGAGGUGUGGUUUAAAACCGGUUGAAUUGAAGCACAUUUGCAGAUGCAAAGUGAGAGAGAUAUUGUGGCGCAAUUUCGAAUUGCCGUUCGGUAUAGAAAAAUUACCCGUCCCGGAUUCGUUGAAGAAGUAUUUAGAUUUAUUGGAUGAUUAAAUUUUGAAUGCAUGUAGCUGCGUUGAUGAACCCUCCACUACUUUUUGUUUUAAAGCAAAGAUGUUUAAAAUCAACACAAUGCUAAUAAUAUUAUGAUAGAGUAAUUGAACUGCCUGUUUGAACUAAAAACACAAUAAAUAUCGAAAGGAAUUGAAA